GGUUUCCAAAAAAGAAAUACAAAAUAACCUGGUUGUCUCGCUAUCUCCCUGAUUUCCAAGAGCAUAUCCCACACACCACACACAUCCAUCAUGACGGCUGAAACCUACAUCCCCCACCGCCUCGACGGCAAAGUCGCCGUUGUCACCGGAUCUGGACGUGGCAUCGGCGCAGCCAUCGCCACGCAUCUUGGGCGUCUGGGCGCCAAAGUGGUGGUCAACUACGCCAACUCGACCAAAGACGCCGAAAAGGUGGUUUCAGACAUCAAGGCGCUGGGCAGCGACGCCAUCGCCAUCAAAGCCGACAUCCGGCAAGUGCCGCAGAUUGUGUCGCUCUUCGACCAAGCCGUCGAGCACUUUGGCCAUGUGGACAUUGCCGUCAGCAACUCGGGCGUCGUCAGCUUCGGGCACCUCAAGGACGUGACGGAGGAGGAAUUCGACCGCGUCUUCAGCCUCAACACGCGCGGCCAGUUCUUCGUCGCCCGCGAGGCAUACAAGCACUUGACCGAGGGCGGCCGCAUCAUCCUGACGUCGUCCAACACGUCCAAGGAUUUCAGCGUGCCCAAGCACUCGCUGUACUCGGGCUCCAAGGGCGCCAUCGACUCGUUUGUGCGCAUCCUCUCCAAGGACUGUGGCGACAAGAAGAUCACGGUGAAUGGCGUCGCGCCCGGCGGUACCGUCACGGAUAUGUUCCAUGAUGUGUCGCAGCACUACCUUCCCAAUGGAAAUGACUACACGCCUGAGCAGCGCCAGGAAAUGGCGGCGCAUGCGUCGCCGCUGCACAGGAAUGGGUGGCCGCAGGAUGUCGCGAACGUGGUUGGGUUCCUGGUUAGCAAGGAGGGCGAGUGGGUGAACGGAAAGGUCAUUACGCUCGAUGGUGGUGCGGCGUAGUGGGAGAGCAAUGGGGAAAAGGUCUUUAUACAUGUUUUGACUGCUUAGUCUAUCUGUAAUGCAGAGUGGUAUCCGGAACAAAUACAAGUAAAU